AUGAGUCGAGGUGGUAAACUCGCACCUGAGGUCAAUCGUGCUUUGUUCAUCAAGAAUUUGAGGUCCGUCGAAGCCCCCAGCCCAGGCAUCUGCCUAACCAUCUACAACGUCGCGGUGGAGGAACUUUUCGAUCUGUUUGGCAAGUUUGGGCCUAUCCGACAAAUCCGCCAGGGCAUCGCCAACAAUACCAAGGGCACGGCAUUCGUGGUCUAUGAGGACGUCAUGGAUGCGAAGCAGGCGUGCGACAAGCUGAACGGCUUCAAUUUUCAAAAUCGGUACCUCGUCGUACUAUACCACCAGCCAGACAAGAUGGCCCGCUCGAAAGAGGACAUGGAGGCCCGCAAGGAGAAUUUAGAGCAGCUCAAGAAAAAGCACGGUAUCGAAUAA